AUGUUAAACUUAUUAUUACGAUCACAAUUUAUCAGAGGUUUAGCUGAUGCCGAUAUUCGUGAAAAAUUAUUGCAACAAGGUGAUGCUGCAUUUGAUAAAACUAUUGAAAUUGCCUUAGCAAUUGAAGCUGCUAAAAUCGAAAAUAAAGAAGUUUAUAAGAGGCGUGAUUGGAUUAGAAACUUGAAUAUUAAUUUAAAUGAUCUUCACAUUAUUUCUGCACAAAGUGCAAGUAUUAAACCCAGCAUUUCUUCUACUGAUUUUUCUAUACAGAAAAUUAUUGAUUCUUUUUCUGAUGUGUUUGAACCUAAAAUUGGUUGCAUUCCUGAUUAUACUUGUACACUAAAGCUAAUUCCAGAUGCUAAACCCAUUUUUAUUAAACCACGUACUGUACCGUAUGCUUUAAAAUCAAAAGUAGAACAAGAAUUAGAUAAAUUAGAAGCGGAAGGUGUAAUAGAAAAAAUAGACGUAUCAGAAUGGGGUACACCCCUAGUAGUUGUCCCAAAGCAUGAUGGCACAAUUCGUAUUUGCGCAGAUUUUAAAGUUACAAUUAACAGUCAGCUUCAAAAUGCCAGACACCCAAUUCCUAGAAUUGAGGACAUUUUCAAUAAAUUACGUGAUGGGAAAUUUUUCUGUACGCUCGAUAUCCACAAAGCAUAUUUACAUUUGAAAGUCUAUGAAGAAAGUGCAAAAUAUCAGACUCUUUCUACUCAUAGAGGUACAUACUUAGCAAAAAGAUUAUUUUUCGGAAUAAAAACUGCACCAAAUGAAUUCCAUAGAUUUAUCGAUCAGUUUGUCCAAGAUUUGGAUGGAACUAUUGCCUACUUUGAUGAUAUUAUCAUCCAAGGAAAAGACAAACAAGAUUGCCAGCAAC